UUUCGUUUUAACGUUUUUGUUUUGGUUCCGAUGUGUGUAGAUUCUGUGCACAUUUGGAAGCAUGGAUAAAGUAUUCAAAAUUCCUUUCACAACAGGACUGCGGCGCAUGUUUUAUUUAGUUACUCCAAAUGAAACUAGCUUUGCCACCACAGAUGACGUGCCCCUUAUCGUUGAAGAGGCGACUCCGUAUUUCUUUGUCUUCAUUGGCCUGGAGUUGUGUCUGUCUGUGAUCAAGCAAGACAAGAGAUACCGGAUGAAUGAUGCCAUCACAUCAGUGGCAGCCGGAGUGUUUUCAAGACUUCCCGUGGUAGUUCUACAGUCAAUCACCCUGGCGGCGUACUGCUGGGUGUAUGACAACUGGAGGAUCGCCCAGUUGCCGUGGGACUCAGCUUGGACGUGGUGUCUGUGUUUUCUAGGACAAGAUCUCGGCUAUUACUGGUUUCACAGAUUCGCUCAUGAGGUGAACUUCAUGUGGGCAGCACACCAGGUCCAUCAUAGUUCAGAAGACUACAAUUUCUCCACAGCCCUGCGACAAUCCAUCCUGCAGGUUUAUACAUCGUGGGUGUUCUACUUGCCAAUGGCGCUGUGUAUCCCUCCAUCAGUGUUUCUAAUUCACGCUGAGUUGAAUCUGAUCUACCAGUUCUGGAUUCAUACCCAGUACGUGCCAUACCUCGGUCCUCUGGAGUACAUCAUCAACACACCAAGUGCCCACCGAGUGCAUCAUGGGAGAAAUCCAUACUGCAUCGACAAAAACUACGCUGGAACUCUCAUCAUAUGGGACAGAAUAUUUGGCACGUAUGAGGCAGAAAGUGAAGAAGUGGUCUAUGGCUUGACUCAUGCUUUAGGAACAUUUGAUCCACUCAAUGUGCAGUUUGGUUUUUUGCAGUACAUGGUAAAUUUGUUUAGAAAUUACAGCAAAUGGACUCACAAGCUAGCUUCAUUGUUCUGUGGUCCUGGGUGGUCACCAGGGAAACCGAGAAUGGGAGAUCCUGCAGAUAUUCCUCAGGUGGAGUCCCCGCCGGUGAAGUACGACACACGUGUCCCCACCUGGCUGGGCCUGUACGUCCUGGUGCACUUCAUUCUCAUCAACUACGGAUACCUGCUACUUAUGGCCAACAAAAAGAUACUCAGUCACACCCAUCUGUUGAUGUUUCUUGGUUUCCUUGGCUUGUCUUUGUCCUGCUUUGGUCAGCUCUUCGACAGGAAGAAGUUUGGUGUUUUACUGGAAGCGGCAAGGUGCACGUUGUUUCUCCUGGCUGAUAUUGUACUGAGUUACACCGGCUUCUACUCCUUGGAAUCCACCUCCAACAUCUUACAGGUCCUUCGAAUACUCUUUGUGACAUCACUAAUGAUUUGGAUGCGGAAUUACAACGACGUCUUCGGGAAGAAAGAGGAAGUUGAGAAAAAGAAAUAAAUGCAAAAUAGCUGUGAUUUAUUUGAUAUUUUUAUAAAGGUUUUAAAAAACAAUUUAGCAAACUGAUUGAUGGAAUACCAUUAUGAGAAUGCUGUGAUAGAAAGAAAAUGAGAGAAUUCCUUGUAUGUAUAUAUGUAUUGAUUUAUGUGAAAUAUUAUGCACAGUAUGUGAUAUGUCAGAAGAAAUAUUUGAGAACAAAAUCUACAAAUUACUGUAAUGAUGUAACACAUGAAUACUGGUGUAAAGAUGUGUUCAAGAAAACUUAAAAAGUCACAGAAAAUUGUAAAAUUAAUUUUCUAUUUAAGCUGUAAUAAAAUGAUUUGUAAAAUUUAACCCUGAUACCUACACUUAUUUUAUAUCUUUAUGAAAUUUAUUUUAAACAGACUAUGUUAUGUUGACUUUGCUGCUAUAAUUGUAACAUGUUUUUAAUAAGUAGUGCAACUAAAUUUAUAUAUUAAAUACCUUUUCUUGUUUAAAAUCUAGGUAUACAUACGGGUAUAUCCAGUUAUCAAAUGUGUGUUUGGUCAUAUUUUAUUGUUUGUUUGUUUGGUGUGUUUUUUGUUAACACUUUGGGCACACUCUAACAUGCUGAAUAUUCCAUUUAUUUACAGAAAAAUUUACAAAUUGAUUUCUAAUAAGUUUAUUAUUUAAAUAGUUAAUCAAUUAAUUAAUUAACCAGGUCUCGAUGAAUGAAUACGAUUCCACAGGAGUCUCACAGUAUUUGAUCAAACAUCCUGAUACCCUGCCACAAUCUAAGGUUGACAAGUAUACAUGAUAUUAUGUAGUGUUCAUAUAACUUAUUGUAAUAAUUAUUUAAAAUUUGCGAUUUUGUGUUAAAUCGUGUGCAUUUAAAAUAUCUGCUUUUAUAUAUUAACACCAUACAUUAACUAACCAAAGCCUAAAAGUACCGCAAUUUCAUUGGUUUAUCUUAUAUAUUAACACCAUAAAUUAAAUAACCAAAGCCUAAAAAUACCGCAAUUUCAUUGGUUUAUCUUACAUAUUACCACUGUACUUUAACUACCAGCUAUAUUAACCAAUCAGGAACAGAUUUUCCAAAAUCAUGUUAAAAUACUAACCUUUAGUAUAUGUAUUUAUUGUUUAUAAUUAUGUAUUCAGUGAACAGUUAAUAAAUUAUUAUAGCAACUUAGACCAUAUUUCAUAAAAAGAGUUUUACCAUAAUUAAUAAAACAAUUACAUGUAUGCAGGACACCAACGACUAUUUACAGAUUUGUGAAACACGGUGUUGUGAAAUGAGCAUGUCGGUUGUUGAACACAGACACCGAAAUCCCAUUUAUCAUGCAACCAUGCUUCCUAUUGACCUGCAGAUAACCCCAACCUGAUAAUUCAAAGUGUUAUCAUGUCACUAGGAAAUGAAGCUCACCUGUUACACCGUUAUCUAAACCUUGCUAAAUAACCACAAUAUCAAAACAUAGUAAUUAACCUGAUAGUCUAUAUUUCAUGGCCCAAGCAUGUCGAACCCACCUGUACAGACCCAACAGUCAAAUAUCAGUCUUAUAACUGCAAACUCGACCAGAAUUUAUUAUUUCCACAAUUUAUGCACCAAUAUAUGGAGGCAUUAUAAGCAUAUAUAUAUAUAUAUAUAUAUAUAUAUAUAUAUAUAUAUGUAUAUGUGUGUAUAUAUAUAUAUAUUUUAUAAACAUAUAUAUUUCUUUACAAUGUUCAUAAAAGUCUAAAAAUUAGCUACAUUCCAAAGUAUGUGAUUUCCAUGUUCGAGAAUACAACCGCUACUACAUGUAGCACUACUCUUAAUGCAAUCAUGUUUCCUUUUUACAUCAUUUCUGUUAUAAGUGUGUGUGCACCAAUCAAUACAUAGAGAAUACUAAACGGGUUCCUGUAUGAGACCAUGUAUAUUAUGAGAGUGUUUUCAACCAUACAUGACGAGCGAACACAAGUGAUAUACAAUUAAAACACACGAGCUGUAAUAUAAAGGGUCUCAUAUGGGAAAGAGUAUAGUAUUUUAUUUAUUACACCACACAUCAAUGAACAAAAAUCGCACAGAAUUACUUCCAAAAUAACUAAAGAAGACAUUGUGCUGUGGUCACUUCAUUUAGCUACAUGUAGCUGUCAAUGAAACUGCAUUCCUACGCAACACAUCAUACAGUAUUAUAAACAAAAUCAAGGCUAUAAACAAAAUAAUAUUAACAUAUAUAUUUUGUUAAAUUAUGCUGCUAGCAUUAAUUAUAAGAAUUGACAGCAAGUAUUUUUCCUAUUUAAAAACAUGAAUUGAAAGAACCAUGCACACAUUUUUUGCAUGAAGAUCUAUGUUGAGUUGUACUCUGUGACACAGUUAUCACCUGAUCAUACAAAGGUCAUGACCUCUCAAAAGGCAUAUUGCACAAUGUGAAGAGACUACAAAUAUCACAUGGGUAUCUCUUCCGCCACGGUGUAAUAUAUUUUAAUAUUUUCAAAAUAAAAUAUAAUCACUAUUACAUCACCACUCACAAUGGAACAACCACUAUUCCAUCACCACUCACAAUGGAACAACGACUAUUACAUCACCACUCACAAUGGAACAAUCACUGUUACAUCACCACUCACAAUGGAACAAUCACUGUUACAUCACCACUCACAAUGGAACAAUCACUAUUACAUCACCACUCGCAAUGGAACAAUCACUAUUACAUCACCACUCGCAAUGGAACAACCACUGUUACAUCACCACUCGCAAUGGAACAACCACUGUUACAUCACCACUCGCAAUGGAACAACCACUGUUACAUCACCACUCGCAAUGGAACAACCACUGUUACAUCACCACUCGCAAUGGAACAACCACUGCUACAUCACCACUCACAAUGGAACAACCACUGCUACAUCACCACUCACAAUGGAACAAGGACUAUUACAUCACCACUCACAAUGGAACAAUGACUAUUACAUCACCACUGACAAUGCAACGUAUAGUCCCACGGGGAACACAUUUUUUAUACUCAGGAAUUUACUACACGUUAUUUAUGUCUAAGCCGAUUGAUUUGUACAUAACACACAAAAAUAGUAUGUUUUUGUUAUUUUCAAAAUACUUUUGCUUUUCUUCUUAUGUCAAACCAAACUGAAAUUAUUUAUAUAUUUUUUCUUUUUUACAUUUAGUUAAUAGUACCAUAGUGAAUAAUUUAUAAGUUUGUGAAAGUAUUCUUGUGAUAAUCUUAAAAUUGUAUUAAAUGUAGUCAGAUUUGUACAAUGUGAAAUGCAGAGACGCCAGUCACUGCUAUAACUUUACGUCGUAUCUAUUCUUCACAACUGUAUACCAUGUUUUAUGUUGUCUUCAGUGAACUUACAUGUACUUACCCUACUUUGUCACUGGUUAUAACUUAAAUCUUUUAUUGUAGUUUUGUUUAUAAGUGUUUUGUAAUAUUUUUUACAAUAAACAUCCUUCUUCUGUUAAAGAAAUACACUAAAAUGAGAUCAUAUGACAUAAUUAACAUUUACAUUGUCAUAUUACUCCAAAAUAAUAGGUCACGGGAUAAUUGUACAUUAGUUAUAAAUCGAAUAUUUUAUUUCUGGCUCUUUUCCCCUUUUUCCAUUCAGUGGACCAAUAAAAAUGUGCCAAAUUUCCUUCAUUCAAACUGUGUAUCUUUUUCCCUGUGUCAUUAAUCCUACAGGACAUUUCAUAUUCCAUAGCACCAAAACCAACCCCGGCCUGUUACUCACCCCAGUCGGGCUGCCGGUGAUCUCUUGCACCUGCCAGUGCAGGCGGUUCCUUCUCCCACCCACCCCAACCCUUUCCUGUCCUGGACGGGGGAACUGAUCGAGGCCGGCAUCUGCGCCCAUGACAGGCGUGCACUAAACCGGCUUGCUCUGAAUUUGCAAUUGAUCCUACAUACACAGCUUGUUUAAAAGCGUAUCUAUGAUGCACUUUAUAUUGCUGGUGUCAGAAACGUCCGGCAGCAAACUUGAAAAGUCAUCUUAAUCAUACAAAAGAAAAAAUUUCAGUUUGAUUUUUGUUGAGAUUUUCACUCUUAUUUGUUUUAUUCUUGUCAGUUUCUGCAAUUAGAAUCAAAAUAAGAAAGGUAACACAUCCCUCCAACACUGAGUUAGAAAUAUUAAAAUAGGAGAUUCUAGCAAUUAGUUUAUGUACUUUGUAUUCAUGUGAAAUAAAUGCACAUACCAAUGCAAUAACCGUGUAAUAUACAUGUAUGUCUAGAAAUAUAAUUGUGUAAUAUAUUGGCAGCCUAAUGACAAAAGGUUAUUCCAACACUUAUUUGCAGUGUUUAUAAAAUGGGCACAAUCUGUUCAUUCGCCUGUGCAUACAUCUGUGUAAUAGUGUUUCCAGAGCAUAAGUUCAAGAUGACAUUGCAUAACAUUGAACAUGUAUUAAGCUAAUGGUCUAUUAAUGUACAUGUAUUUAGUUAUAAGGGAUUUUUCAUUUUCAAUAAUGUUUUCUUUUACCCUGGAAACAGCCCGAAUGACCAAAUUCACAGUUUUCAGAACACCACUCCUAAACCAUUUCAAAUAAAGAAGAAGAAGAAGGAAAUG